AUGGGGGAGGCCCUGGAGCAGGUCUUCGUCUCCGUGGGGCUGCUGGUGUGCCUGGUCUACCUGGCUAAGUGGGCGAGGUUCUGCAGAUGUGUUUUCCUGCACUUCUGGAAAGUUCUGCCAAGGUCUUUCUUGAAGUCCAUGGGACAGUGGGCAGUGAUCACUGGAGCAGGAGACGGGAUUGGGAAAGCUUAUUCAUUUGAGCUGGCAAGACAAGGCCUCAAUGUUGUGCUGAUCAGCCGGACGCUGGGAAAACUACAGGCUAUUGCCGUGGAGAUUGAGCGCACUACAGGGAGGAGCGUGAAGGUGAUCCAAGCAGAUUUCACCAAGGACGACAUCUAUGAGGGUAUUGAAGAAGAACUCAAAGGCUUAGAGAUUGGGAUUUUAGUCAACAAUGUUGGAAUGAUCCCUAGCCUUCUCCCGAGCCAUUUCCUUAACACACCAGACGACAUCCAGAGCCUCGUCCAUUGCAACAUCACCUCGGUAGUGAAGAUGACCCAGCUCAUUCUGAAACACAUGGAGGCGAGGAGGAAAGGGCUCGUCCUGAACAUUUCUUCCGGGGUGGCCCUCUUUCCCUGGCCUCUCUACUCCAUGUACUCGGCUUCCAAGGCUUUUGUGUGCACCUUUUCCAAGGCCCUGCAGGAGGAGUACAAGGAGAAGGGGAUUAUUAUCCAGGUGCUGACCCCCUAUGCUGUUUCAACCCCAAUGACAAAGAACCUCAACACCAGCCUGAUAACCAAGACUGCUGAUGAGUUUGUUAAAGAAUCACUCAAUUAUGUCACAUUUGGCAAUGAAACCUGCGGCUGCCUCACCCAUGAAAUCCUGGCGAGCUUUCUGAGCCUGAUCCCGUCAUGGGCCAUCUACAGCAGCUUGGUCAAGAAGCUACUUCUGACUCAUUACACCAACUAUCUCAAGAGGAAUGCCGACAUCAGAUAG